UAAAUUCUGCUGUUGCUGUGUUUGCCAGUUGUAAAUUAUUCAUAUCAAACUGUUUGGCCUGCAAAAACAUUUUCGAAUUCGCAUUUUUGCUCGUGUACCGCGCGCGCGCAUCGCUCUUUUUUUUGUGUGUGUUCCUGUGUGUGUGUGUGUGUGUGGCUGUGUCUCAAAGUCUCACAUUUCCUGCACAGCGCCGGGCACGUCUCCACCAUCGUCGCUGUCUCCACCAUCGCCACACAGACAAACUGAAACAAAAGCCGCUGAGCUUGAGAAGUGUCGCCACGCAACGCGGCGCUGCGCAACGCGACACUGACACUGCCCCAGACUCAGACUCAGAGUCAGAGCCAGAGCCAGAGCCGGAGACGCUGACAGUGGCACUUGUUUGUCCGUCCGGUCGUCGCUCCUUAACUGUCUCCGUCUCGGCUUUCGCGUGUGCAAAAUUGCUCGAAAUAAUCAUCGAUCGUAUUUGCUGGCACUGCAAAAGGCGAGCCACUGGCAGCGUUUACUGUAGCAACAGGUGAGCGCUCCCCUAUGCCCAUUAGCCUGAACCGUGGACUCCCCCGCAACACAAGCGUCCAACACAAUGCUGCAGCACACGAUGACGAAGCGCAAAACGCUAAUCAUUGCCUGCUUUGGCAUUGCACUGGGCCUCUGCAUUGGCACCGUCUUGAAAAACUAUCGCGCCUUGGAGAUUGUUAAGCGCUGCAGCAUGCGGCCAACGAAUCUCAAGUCGCCUAACGAAAUUAUUGGAUUGAACGACGAGGACACCAUACAGAACUCUCAGCGCAAUUUGGUUUUCGUGGGCGUGAUGACUGCCAAGAGCUUCAUCGAGGGUCGUGCGCGUGCUGUGUACGAUACGUGGGGCAAGGAGGUGCCCGGACGCAUUGCGUUCUUCAGCUCGGAGGGCAGCUAUUCGGAUGAGCUGCCGGUGGUGGGACUUAAGAAUGUCGACGAUCGUUAUCCGCCGCAGAAGAAGUCAUUCAUGAUGCUUUACUAUAUGUUCGAGCAUUAUAUUGAUCGAUUCGAGUGGUUCAUCCGUGCGGAUGAUGACGUCUACAUGGAGCCGGACAAGCUGGAGCGCUUCCUGCGCUCUAUCGAUAGCUCGAAGCCGCAGUUCAUCGGACAGGCGGGCAAGGGUAAUAGCGAGGAGUUCGGGCUGCUGUCCCUUGAAUUCGAUGAGAACUUUUGUAUGGGUGGCCCCGGCGUAAUACUCAGCAGCGAGACGCUGCGUCGUGUCGCGCCGCACAUACCCACAUGCCUAAAAAAUCUAUACAGCACUCACGAGGAUGUUGAAGUGGGGCGAUGCGUGCAAAAGUUUGCUGGCAUACCCUGCACCUGGAACUACGAGAUGCAGUACAUUUUGCGUCACAAUUCGAGCGGUCGCAACGCCUAUACGGGCAAACUGAAACGCAAGGAAAUACAUAAUGCCAUCACGCUGCAUCCCAUCAAACAGGCGCCACUUAUGUAUCGCCUACACUCUUACAUACAGGGCCUGAAGGCCGAGGAGCUGCGCCAGGAGUCGUUGCUGCUGCAUCGCGACAUCAAGCGCAUGGCCAAAUACUUGGAUGUGCCCGACGAUAGCACAUAUAUGCUGCCAAGCGUCUCGCCAGGCGCCGUCCCAGAGAAAGACACUGGCAAACGACACUUUGAAGAUCAUAAUAUUCUGGGCAUUAGCCCCGAGCUCAAUAAAUUUGUGCCCGCGAGCACAGCGGAGCUGCUGGAUUGGUCCUUCAUAGCGCGCAGCCUGUACUCGGCGGGCUCAGCGAAUCCCAAGCAGAAAAUUGACUCGGCGAUGCGUGAAGGUCUCGAGGAUGUCAUAACGGAGGUAAUGGAGAACAUCAACUAUUAUUCGCGUCAACGUGGACGUGUCAUUGAAUUUCGUGAGCUGCUCUAUGGUUACCAUCGAUUGGACGCAUUGCAUGGCCAAGAUCUGAUACUCGAUCUGCUCUUGAUCUACAAGAAGUAUCGUGGCAAAAAAAUGACAGUGACCGUGCGCCGACAUCUCUACGUUCAGCGCGCCUUCACUGGCAUUUUUGUCAAGGAGCUGGAUGAAGACUUCUACAAUGUGACCCUGCAGCAAAGCUUGUCCUCUGCAGGUCUCCUCGGCAACCUGCUGCACAACGGCAUGGCACGCCUGAGCAGCCACUUUACCAUGGCCAGCAAUCUGUUAACACCUCCACCGGACCAUAUUGUGUUCGUGCUACCUAUUGCGGGUCGUCUGGCCACCUUUCGGCGCUUUCUGUCCAUCUAUGAACGUGUUUGCAUUGUGGGCGCGCAGCACUGCGAUCUGCUGGUUGUUAUCUUCGGGCCGCCGGAAGAGCUGACCGAUCAUCUGCAGCAGCUUAACGAGUUACGGAGUCGCCAUAUCUACCAACAGAUCAACUAUAUACAGCGCAGUGGACAGUUCUCGCGCGGCGUCGCCUUGGACAUUGCCGCUCGCUCCUCGUACAUACGGCAGCAAGACAUUAUUCUGUUCAUUGAUGUCGAUAUGGUGUUCAACGUGGAGACACUGCAGCGGGUACGCAUGCAUACGCAGCGUGGUCGACAGGUUUAUCUGCCCAUUGUGUUCAGCCAAUACGAUCCGAAGCGCCGGGAUGGAGCCAGUGCCUCCGAAGAAGUUCCCAUUAACGAUGAGAAUGGAUACUUUAGGCAGUUUGGAUUCGGCAUUUGUGCCAUAUACAAGUCGGACAUACUGGACGAUGACAUCAAUGGCUUUGACAAGGACAUAACGGGCUGGGGUCUGGAGGAUGUGAAGUUUCUGGAGAAGAUUGUGCGUGUGGGAACGCGCCAACAUGGCUUUCUGUCCAACACGGCCGAGGUGCCGCUCGACUAUAACGAGGCAGCCGAACAAUGGCGACGCCUCAGCGUGUUUCGUGCCCCAGAUCCGACGCUGGUGCAUAUCUAUCAUGACAUUAGCUGCGACGUGCAGUUGGAUCCGCCGCAGUACAAUAUGUGCCUGGGCACCAAGGCCAACUCGCUGGGCAGCACCCGUCUCAUGGAGCAGCUGUUCUUCAACAAUCGACAGAACAUCGACUUUAUUACCGAAUUUAAUCGACAGAAGCAUCAGAGCAGAUGAUGCGUAGGC